AUGUCAAAGGAUGUUUGUACAGAGAUUGUGUUGAUCGAAGGAUUGGGCAUUGAUGGUGAUGCUCAUAAUGGUGUCUACGUUCAACAUUUGAGUAGAGUCAAAACCAAUCCAACAGCACCCAAUCUGCGCCAGGUUCAUCUGAUUCACGCAGAGCUGCAUGACAACCUCAAGACAAUGAACUUCACACGUGGCGUCAAUCCAGGAGAGAUGGGCGAGAACAUCACAACACGUGGCAUCGAUCUCCAUGCCCUGCCCACAGGCACCAAGCUGCAUCUUGGCAAUGAUGGCGCGGUGGUCCAGCUGACAGGCCUGCGCAAUCCAUGUCGUCAACUUGAAGGCCUUCAACAGGACCUCCAAAAGGCAUGUCUCGAGACUGAUCAAGACGGCAAGAUCACCAAGCGUAAAGGAGGUGUGAUGAGUAUUGUGCUCAAGGGUGGUGUCGUUCGCCCGAAUGAUCAGAUCACAGUUGUGUUGCCAGAGGAGCCACAUCAACCAUUGGUAUGUGUAUAG